UUUAGUAAGAUUGAAGAAUCGAAAAUGUAGAUGAUAAUUUUCAUGUAAUAUUAAUAAUGAUUAUGAAAAUCCAAAAUAAAUACUAAUAUAAUGAAAUUCCAAUACCAAAAAAGAUAAAUAAUAAUAAAACAACCAUGCAACUAAGAACGCAAUUAAUCUAACAGCAAAAUCAACUAAAAACGUAAUUAAUCUAACAGAAACAAGAAACAAAAUGAAUAAACUUCAAAAAUAAUACUCAAUUUUUUAAGCAAUGAAGAGUGUACGUUUAUUAUUAACAAUUUCUAUAGCACUGACGGCAUAUCUGGGAGAUUAUGUUGUUUUUAAAUCGAAAUAUUCAAGUUCUCAGUUGUUCCGAGCGUUAGCAGAUAGCUCUACCCAUGGAGCUAUCGGCUUUUUGUCGGCACUGUUAUUCUUCAGCAAUAUAAAAAUAACAAAUCAAGCUUGUAUUUAUAAUACUAUUUUCUGCACGUUCAUGUCCUCAGCAAUCGACGUCGAUCAUUUUAUUUUGGCAAGAUCAAUUUAUCUGAAGGAUUUAAACAACGUAAGCCAAAGAGGUAUCCUUCAUUGUACAACGUUUAUGAUGCUUGUAACGUCAAUUCUUGCUCUGUAUAGUCACAUUACUCAUAAAAUCAAUGUAUACAUAGUAACAUACAUGAUAGUAUUGGCAUUUACGAGCCACCAUUUAAGAGAUGGUAACAGACGAGGGAUAUGGUUGUGUCCGUACGGACAUACAAUGUCAAUACCUAAGCUUAUAUAUGUAAUAUUGAUUUGUAUCCUUCCGAUAUUAUUUUCUUAUUUAUUUAAUUAUACCAGACCAAUGUUUAAGCAUACUGUACUGCAAUAUAACGAAGUUUAAUAUUCUGGUUUUCAUUUUUAAGUGUUGCCGUUUUUAAUUAUUAUUUUAAGUGAAGAGAUUAUUGUUAAUUAAUUAACUAAACAGAUCCUGAUUAUAAUAAGACAAUGUUUAUUUUUUAUUGUGAAUAUAUUGAAGUGGACUGACCACGGAUAUAAUUUGAUGUUUGUUUAUUUUCUAUCUAUAAAUUUAUUUAAUAUUCAGAGUUAACUUAAAUGAACUUAGAUAUUUAAUUGUCAUGAUAUCAUUAUCCGAGAUUUCUGUGUAAAUAAUGUUUUGAAUGCUGCAAAGCGCUUAGAAAUAAAAUUCUAGUUGUUGUGUGGAGUGUCUGUAUGUAAUAAUAAAAUAACCGGUUUUUACUGAAUGUAUGUAUACACGGUACAUAUACCACAAUAACAUUUUUUUAAAAAAAUCUGUCUGUUUGUUCCGGCUAAUCUCUGCAACGGCUGGACUGAUUUUGACGGGACUUUCACUGGCAGAUAGCUGAUGUAAUAAGGAGUAACUUAGGCUACAACAAUAACUUUCUUGUUAAAUUAAAACCCGCACAAAAUCACAGGCACAGCUAAUUCUUAAAUAAUUUUAUUGGUAGUAAGGUACACUAUUCCUGAGUGCUAUAGGCUUGAAAUUAUGUUUAUAUCAUAAUAUUUUCUUUAUUAAUAAAUUUAACAAGUGCGAAGCUUCGAUGGGACUCUUGUAAAGUAUAUAGUAUUCAAGAACUAUGGUUUGUUGCAGAUCAAGAAAUUAUUUUGCUUGUACACAUCCUUUAGAAGUUGUUUUGUCUUGUUUUAUUAAAUAAAUUAAGUUAAAUUUUUACAUGCUAUCUAUUUAUGCAUGUAACUAAAUAUUCGAACAUGAUUUUUACUUAAGAAAGUUGGAUUAAAUUUAAACAUUGCAUACUUAUCAAGAACCGAUGACAACACAGUAGU